AGUCACACCAUGACGAUAGAGGAACCGCAGAUUGUGGCCAUCAGCGUCAGCCACAAGCCACAAGUGGGAUACCUGAAAGAGGAGUCCACCUGGAUUCAUUGUCCUUCGUGUGAGAGGACUGGCACCAGUGUGGUGCAACUGGAGCUGGUCACUUGCCUGCAGAGAUUCCUGGGAUUCACAAAACUCUGUAAGAAAUGGUCUGGCCGCCAGGACAUCAAUCACUAUUGUUCGCACUGCGGCUGCUUCAUUGGAAGAUUUGUGCCCAUCAGCUGCAUGGAACGUUGCAUUUCGAGAUCGGCGCGUAAACAGGCGGCCGUGGAUGAGAUGACCCUGAAGACACGACCCAAAGAUUGCGCUGAAAGGGCACAGAAAUCCAGGGAGAAAGUUCUGGCCAGCAGGGAGAAGAAGAGAGCAGAGAAAGCUGCCAAGGAUCUGGAAAAAUCCCAAACGCAAAUAGCAGUACACCAAUAAUCAAGUGCUUCCGGCUGUUUAAACUCACACCAUCGACUA